AUGGACGGCCCUUCUCGCAUCUUUAGCACCCUAUGGAGCGUCCUUCGGUACAUGUUUCUCUUGGUCUGGGUCGAGCCCUGGGCCAAGCCUCAUAUCAACGGCGAGACGACGCCCGCCACCUAUGAAGCCUGGUACACCGGACAGUUCGAGUACGAUGCCAUCCAUGGAGUCGAUGAGUGGGUUAAGGUGGACCGUCACUCGAGCUACGACUGGCACAUCCUCCGAACUUUGAAGCGAGACCUUGAACGAAGUCGACGUCUCGGAGAUGAGAGAGGGUUGUGCAGUCAGCUCAGAGCUCAAAGCUCCCGUAACAUGUGUCGCAUUCUAUCCCCCGCCUUGUACCGAAAAUCACAGAUACAAACCAAACGACUGAUCCAUGACUAUGUGAUGGAGGUGCGCCACUGCAUCACCUACAUUGCGGAUCGAAACCCGGUCACCAAUGGGGCUGCUCCCAUUGUUCCGGCCCAGGAGAAGCGACAGGCCAUUAUUGACAUGCGGACCGCACUUGGACGUACGAGUCUGGUGCUUCAAGGGGGCGCUAUGAUCAGUAUGUGCCAUCUUGGAGUGGUCAAAGCACUCUAUCUGCAGCGGCUGCUUCCCCGGAUAAUCACAGGGACAUCGUCAGGAGCUCUGAUUGCUGCACAUAUAUGUGUGACGAAAGACGAAGACCUGAUUGGCGUGCUGGAAGCCACCAAUAUAAACCUCGACGCCUUCAUUCGCUCUCAAGAAAGAUGUGCCACAGGUGGACUCAAAUCUUGGUUCAACUCCUCCUUCUUCGCCACCAUCAAACGGCGGUAUCAACGCUAUCGUACCUCCCACCACGUGUUUGAUAUCGACGUGCUCCAUGAAUGCACCCGAGACAAUCUGGGCGAUAUCACAUUUGAAGAGGCGUAUGCAAAAACCGGGAGAAUCUUAAACAUAACCAUCGCCAUGUCUGAAGUGGCCGGGACACCACAACUCCUCAAUUACCUGACGGCACCUCACGUUCUUGUUCGAUCUGCGGUGGUGGCGUCUAUAGCAACUUCCAAAGCCAUGUACGCUCCUGUCCACUUACUGUGCAAAAGUGCUACAGGCGAUAUCACCUUGUAUUUUGCUGCCGAUUUCUCCGAGAAAGGUUGCAAUUUGCACCGGCAAGCCACCGUCCACCCGGAAGCACCGCUCACACGGAUAGGUGAACUGUUCAACGUCAAUCAUUUCAUCAUAUCUCAAUCCAGACCCUACAUAGCUCCUUUCAUCCAACUGCAGAGUUUUGCCGACCGUCACCAACCUCUUGGGAUCGUGGUUCGCUUCGUCCUGGACGAAAUGCUGCAUUGGCUGCAGGUUUUGAAUCACUUUGGUAUGCUUCCAACCUUCCUCCAGCGGGUCUUGAUGGACGAAGUCGUUCCAACUCUCGCCUCGUGGUCAAAAAUAUCAAUCACACCCCAACUCGGGCUGUGGGAUUUCCUCCGCACCUUUGACACUCCUACACCUGCUAAAUUGCAGAAAUGGAGUGCUCGAGGGGAGAAGUGUACGUGGCCAUACAUCUGUGAGCUAAAAGUCCGAUGCGACAUCGAGCUGGAACUAGACAUCGCUUAUACGAAUCUACGCCGGAGAGGAGGGAUGGGAUCGGUUAUCAGACAUAGAGCAGACCCAUAG